GAAAUAAUGCUAAAAAUUGAAACAGUCAAUAAGGAUAUUGAAAUACUAGAAAGACAAAAUGAGGAGAACGCUGAAAAGCUAAGACAGAGCGAGAUGGAGCUAAAGGAAAAGGGAGAAAUUUUGAAACGUUGUGAAGCGAACGUUGAACGAAGUUUAGCCGAGAUGACAGAAGUACGAGAGAAAUUGGUUGGAUGUCAACAACGCUUUGGUGAAGAGUUAGGUGAUGUCGUCAACAUCGUCAGUUUGGAGCGAGAUGCUGAUUUGAUGAAGAUUGAAAAAGAUCGAGAAAUACUGAUGAGCAAAUACUUGGAACACCAAAGUGCGUUAGAGGUGUUGGUUAAUGAAAAUCUUGAAUCCAGUGAUGACGAAGACAGCCUUGAAGUGCGAGAAAUUAAGAGUCGUGUGGUUGAGUUAGUACGUAGUGUAAGCCCAGGAUUAGACGAUGAGUCAAUGCAAUCACAAAUUAUUGAAAAGAAAGUUCAGAUUCAUUAUCAACAAGCUGAAGUAGGCAAAAAUGAGGAAGAAAGAAAGACACUGCUAGCGCAUGAACAAAUCUUUCUUCAGCAGAGCCGUGAGGUACAAAACAAGCGAGAAAAUGAACAGAAAGUACUCCAGGAAAAACUACAUGCACUGAUAGAAAUGACAGAUAAUGAAGAAGGAAGUGCAAAUGAAACAGUUGAUUACUACCAGGCUGAAUCAUCAAGCCUCGUCACAGCUCAAAGACGAAUAUUUGAUGUUGAAAAAGAACUAGCUGAGAAGAUUAAGGAACGUAAAGAUAUUGAAGCUAAAUUAGAUCAUGUUAAAAGACAAAUGGAACAACAAGCUGAGUGUAAUCAAGAAGAGUUUCAUGGCAUCUUAGCAAGGUUGGAACUUCAUAGCAAAGAUGUUGGAAAAGAGAUUGAAGAAAUGAAGAAGAUAUUAAAAUAUGAAGCCGAGAAAUAUCUUAAACGACUAAAAACAGAAAACUUUACCGUUUUGGAGCCAUUAUCAUUCGACAAUUCAAGUUUCGCAGAAAUUGCUAACGAUGCCGUUGAUGAAAUACUGAGAGAGAUUGAACUAGCUUCUCAUUGCCCCGAGCUGGCAAAAACUCACAAGGAUAUCAAACAGGACUGUGGAGGAUGGAGAUAUGACGGUCAUGAAAAAGAUGUUCAUUUGUUACGGAAAGAGGACGAUUGUGAGGCAAUUCAUAGUUUUCUUGGUCGAGGUAUAAUCCGUGCUUCACCACGUACUGUCCUGCAGACUGUCUCAACGCCGCCGUCCAGAUUUGUGUACGAUCGCAUGCUCAAGAAUAUUCGUAUAGUGGAGAAGAUCGCAGAUAACCUAACAAUAGUUCACAUGGUUCAUGAAACAACACGCUGCCUUUUCAAGACAUCGCGAGACUUUUGUUUCGUAUCGAUGGAUCGCGAGAAAGAUGGUAAACUAAUCCUUGCAUGCCAGUCAGUGGAGCAUCAGAGCUGUCCUGAGGUCAGAGGAAUACAACGUGCAAAGAUUUUAUCGAGCGGUUGGGUUAUUGAACCGAUAACAGUGAAAGGUCAAGCAUGUUCCCUUGUUUGGUAUCUCACUCAGGUUUUUCUCGGGAGGUCAAUCCCAUCAAAACUUGUUCAACUGGUUUCAAAACGUCAACCACUCAGUGUCGCUUACUUAAGAGAAUACUUGGUGGCAGAAUAAAUAUUGUGGGUUUGAUAUAUUGAGAAAGAUAUUGUAAAUGUAACCUGGGUUAUAUAAUUCUUCCAAGAAAUAUUUAAUAUUAAUUAUACAAUUAUGGAAGUAAUAAUAUGUGCAUUUGUUAUCUAAAUGCUUAUAAUAUAAUAACGUAAAUCAUUCAUUCCUUGUGUAAAGAGAGAGGUAAGAAUAUUAACCAAUGCAUGCAAGCUUGUAUUACGCACGAUUCUGGUAUGUUGACGUGUUUAAAUUGAUCUAAAUAUUUACUACACAUAUUUAUUACAUAUAAUACUUCUUUGAUGCACAUAUUAAAGGUGUGUAAUUCGCGUUUUAAACACUUAUCAAAUAUACGUCUAAAGAAUAAAUUAAUUACAAAUAUUAUGUAAUCCAAGUUA